AGGUGGGUUUGCCGGGGGCGGAGGCCCUCCUGGGACCCGGGCUGCUCGGCUGGGGAGAUGGCGGCGCGAUGGAGCAGCGAAAAUGUGGUGGUGGAGUUCCGAGAUUCGCAGGCAACGGCCAUGUCUGUGGACUGUCUUGGGCAGCAUGCAGUGCUUUCUGGCCGCCGAUUCCUGUACAUCGUUAAUCUAGAUGCCCCAUUUGAAGGUCACCGGAAGAUCUCUCGCCAGAGCAAAUGGGACAUUGGAGCUGUGCAGUGGAAUCCUCAUGACAGCUUUGCACACUGCUUUGCAGCUUCGAGUAACCAACGGGUCGACCUUUAUAAGUGGAAAGACGGCAGUGGGGAAGUUGGCACAACCUUACAAGGCCAUACUCGUGUCAUCAGUGAUUUGGAUUGGGCAGUGUUUGAGCCAGAUCUCCUGGUUACCAGCUCUGUGGACACCUAUAUUUACAUCUGGGAUAUCAAAGACACCAGGAAGCCUACUGUUGCACUGUCUGCCGUAGCGGGUGCCUCGCAAGUCAAAUGGAAUAAAAAAAAUGCUAACUGCCUUGCCACCAGUCAUGAUGGGGAUGUGCGGAUAUGGGACAAACGAAAACCCAGCACAGCAGUGGAGUACCUCGCAGCCCAUCUCUCUAAAAUCCACGGCCUAGACUGGCACCCAGACAGUGAGCACAUUCUUGCUACCUCCAGCCAGGACAACUCUGUCAAGUUCUGGGAUUACCGCCAGCCUCGGAAAUACCUCAAUAUUCUCCCUUGCCAGGUGCCUGUCUGGAAAGCCAGAUAUACUCCUUUCAGCCAUGGAUUAGUGACCGUGAUGGUGCCCCAGCUGCGGAGAGAAAACAGUCUCCUCCUUUGGAAUGUCUUUGAUCUGAACACCCCAGUCCACACUUUCGUGGGGCAUGACGAUGUGGUUCUGGAGUUCCAGUGGAGGAAACAGAAGGAAGGGUCAAAGGAUUACCAACUGGUCACGUGGUCCCGGGAUCAGACCUUGAGAAUGUGGCGGGUGGAUUCCCAGAUGCAGAGGCUUUGUGCAAAUGAGAUAGUAGAUGGUGUGGAUGAGUUCAUUGAGAGCAUUUCUCUUCUGCCGGAACCAGAGAAGACCCUUCACACUCAAGAUACAGAUCACCAGCACAACUCAAGCCAUGGGGAGGAAGAAGCCUCAAAGGACGAUCCCCCUAGCAACCUCCCGGAAGAAAGGAAGUCAGAUCAGUUGGGGCUGCCCCAGACUCUGCAGCAAGAAUUCUCCCUGAUCAAUGUGCAGAUCCGGAAUGUCAAUGUGGAGAUGGAUGCGGCAGAUAGGAGCUGCACAGUGUCUGUGCACUGCAGCAACCAUCGCGUCAAGAUGCUGGUGAAGUUCCCUGCACAGUACCCAAACAACGCAGCCCCUUCCUUCCAGUUUAUCAACCCCACCACCAUCACAUCCACAAUGAAAGCGAAGCUGCUGAAGAUCCUGAAAGACACGUCCCUGCAGAAAGUGAAACGUAACCAGAGCUGUUUGGAGCCCUGCCUGCGGCAGCUCGUCUCCUGCCUCGAGUCUUUUGUGAACCAAGAAGACAGUUCUUCCAGCAACCCCUUUGCUCUCCCAAACUCGGUCACCCCCCCUUUGCCAACGUUUGCGCGUGUCACCACUGCCUACGGGUCCUACCAGGAUGCUAACAUCCCCUUUCCCAGGACUUCUGGGGCCAGGUUCUGUGGAGCAGGUUAUCUGGUGUAUUUCACAAGGCCUAUGACAAUGCACCGAGCAGUUUCUCCGACAGAGCCCACUCCAAGGUGAGUCUGCAAGAUGCAGAGGGAAUCUAUACUCAUGUGGCCAGACUUGGGCCACACUCUGGAAACAGCCACUGUGUUUGUGUUUGGACACUUUAUUUUAUUUCUUCAGUAAAUUCUCAUGAUAAGAUUGAUUUGCGAAUGAUUAAGGUUCAUUAAGUUGCAGCUAAGCU